GCUCGCGCAUGCUCUUAAGUGGCAGCGACGGGGACGGGGUCAGUGCCAAGAUGUCGACGGCGGCGGUUCCAGAGCUGAAGCAGAUCAGCCGGGUGGAGGCGAUGCGCCUGGGGCCGGGCUGGAGCCACUCGUGCCACGCCAUGCUGUACGCCGCCAACCCUGGGCAGCUCUUCGGCCGCAUCCCCAUGCGCUUCUCGGUGCUGAUGCAGAUGCGUUUCGAUGGGCUGCUGGGCUUCCCCGGGGGCUUCGUGGACCGGCGCUUCUGGUCGCUGGAGGACGGCCUGAACCGGGUGCUGGGCCUGGGCCUGGGCUGCCUGCGCCUCACCGAAGCCGACUACCUGAGCUCGCACCUGACCGAGGGCCCACACCGCGUCGUGGCGCACCUGUACGCACGGCAGCUGACGCUGGAGCAGCUGCACGCCGUGGAGAUCAGCGCGGUGCACUCGCGCGACCACGGCCUGGAGGUGGGGCCGCCGCCCGGGCCCCGCCCCCCGCCCCGGGGUUUGGCUCUGGCCCCGUGGAAGGCACCGAUGGGUGCUGGGCCUCGUGCGGGUCCCGCUGUACACCCAGAAGGACCGAGUCGGAGGCUUCCCCAACUUCCUGAGCAACGCCUUUGUGAGCACGGCUAAGUGCCAGCUCCUCUUUGCCCUCAAGGUGCUCAACAUGAUGCCUGAGGAGAAGCUGGCUGAGGCCCUGGCUGCGGCCACCGAGAAGCAGAAGAAGGCCCUGGAGAAGUUGCUCCCAGCCUCGUCCUGAGGGCUGCCUGGGCUGCUGGCACCCUCCCCUGGGCCGGAAGACUGGGAAUUCCUGCCAAGUGUGGCUUCUAGAGUGUGUGUGUGUACCCCACUUCUGACUGCCUAGGGCAAAGGGGCAUCCUGUCAUCUCCACUGUCCCAAGCAGUCACUAGGUGGUGGCCGGGCCAGCUGGGACCCAGCCCAUCCUCUCAGGCAGAGCAGGGUGGUCUGGGCACGCUGGGCCUGCCUCUCUAGCCUCAGGAUGCUCUUGUUCAUCCCAGGCUCAGACCCUCCUGUGUGUGUGUGUCUCAUCCCGGCUGGUGGAGGCCCACAGGGACUGCGCACAGCUCCAGGGCCACUCGGAAGACGGGAUGUGUGGGUGGAGGAUGCCUCGUCUAGGUCAGCAUUCCUGCCUCCUUCCUGAGCCAGCUCAGAGCCUGGGGGAGAGCCAACUUGGGGUAGGAAGUUAAUACUGUUAAUUUGGGUUGUUGUUGGAUUUACUUUGCUAGAUUUUCUCUUUCACCACGUGUGAACUGUGGGUGAGGUUUCAAAGUAGCUUCACCCCACGUGGCUUGGUUCCCAGGGACAGUCAGGGCCUCGGGGGCCCAGCUAUGUACGACGAAGCUGUCGAAGGAGAAGACAAUAAAGUCACUCCUCAGCUGCUCUG